AGCUUCAUCACACAGUGAGAGAGGUCCUAGUCGAAAACCUGCGCCAGGUAAACAGGAAGUUGCCACAGGUGCAGGGCGGUGACACUCCCGCAGAAACCUGAAACUCCCGGAAAAAGUUUUUCCUCCGCGGUUUCGUUGAGUUUCUCUCCGUCGCAAUCAAGCGCGAUAGAUUCAGGCCCAGACAGACAUUUGUGAAUAACAUUUCGACCUAAGAGGAGCCUUAUUUAAAGACACCACAAGCCAUUUGUCUUCGUCUUUACCUGUGGCUGGUAGGCCUAUAGAUUUAUUUUACUCGCAGGUGAAUUCGUUGACGAACACAAUUGGAUCAUUUCCUGGCAACCAGGCCUAGCCUACAGGUUCACCUCGGGGGGUGGGGGGCGAAACAGCCUAUGGUCAGCAUCAAAAACUGCUAUUAGGUCAAAGACACAAACGAAGAAGAGGAGUAGUUGGGGGAUAGAAGAAGUUGUAGUUCAGGUGUUUGUGGUCUGUUUGGUUUUUAAUUGUAGCAGCCUAGAGUUGGCCCCUAAUGGACUACAUGGACAGCGGACUACGAUACACCCCAAAGCCGGACAAAGACUGGGACACGUCUGUCCAGUUCCUGCCAGCAUCGGAUAACAAAAAGCUUGAGAAGAAAAAGGGUCCCAGGAGAGUCUGGGCUGUGAUCGCCGUGGUGGUCUUUGCUGCUGUUAUAGCCCUUAUAACUGGACUGCUGGUCUGGCAUUUCCACUUCCGGGGUAAUGUGCAACUCAAGAGGAUGUACAGCGGCUCCAUGCGGAUCACCAACCAGGUGUUCGAAGACGCCUACGAGAACUCCACCACCUCCGAGUUCAAGGCGCUGGCACAGCAGGUGAUAUCACAGCUCAAAUCCAUCUAUUCCAAAAGUCCACCGUUGAAAAAAUACUAUGUUGGAUCUACAGUUCAGGCUUUCAGUGAAGGCAGUGUUAUUGCCUACUACCUGUCCGAGUUCAAAGUCCCUGCGGACCAACAGGCAUCUGUAGACAGUGCCAUGUCUUCAAUGGAGAAGCUAGUGGACAAAGUGCAGCGUACGUUUUCUGGACCUAGCAACUCUCUGGUCCUUGAAGAUGUGAUGUCUUCAGCAAUCGAUUCCCGAAUGUUGUCAACAACGUUCAGCCAGUCAUUCAGGUUUGCAGUACAUACAAAACCCAAUCAAAUAGGGCAGAUCCAGUCCCCGGGCUUCCCCGACAGUCCUUAUCCCCCCAACACCUUCUCCGAGUGGCAGCUGAGAGCGGACCCGAACUUUGUCAUUAUGCUCGAUUUUGAUACGAUGAAACUGGAGGACGACUGCAACAAUGACUUUGUCAAAAUCUACGACUCCUUGGUGGCCAUUGAGAGCCGCGUUAUGCAACAGUUGUGUGGGCAAUACUCACACACUUCAAAACCGACCUUUCGGUCUUCUGGUAAUGUGAUGCUGGUGACGAUGGCCACAAAUGACAAGCUGAACUACCCAGGUUUUAGAGCACGAGUCUCCCAAAUCCCACGCGGAAGUCUAGGUACAACGUGCGGUGGCCAGCUGUUGGGCGAGAAAGGCGACUUCUUUUCUCCCAACUUCCCAAAUUACUAUCCUCCUCGAAUUUCCUGCCAGUGGUCGAUCCAGGUCCCUGCUGGUAAGGGGGUGAAGGUGAAUUUCAAGAAGUUACUCCUGGCUGAGCCUGGUUGGAAGGACAGGAAGGACUGUCCCAAAGACUACGUGGAGGUCAACGGAAAGAAACUGUGUGGAGAAAUGGCAAACGUAAUAGAGACCAGCCACACUAACACAAUGAGCGUGGUGUUUUCCUCCGACGCCUCCUACGUGGACCGAGGUUUCAGUGCGUCGUACAUGGCCAUCGACGCCACAGACCCUUGUCCAGACAAGUUCCAGUGCGGAAACAACCGCUGCAUUAAAAGCGAGCUCAGUUGUGAUGGCUGGAAUGACUGUGGAGACAUGACCGAUGAAUUAAAGUGCACAUGCUCUUCAAAAGAUAUCAGUUGUGGGAACGGGUUGUGUAAGCCCACGUUCUGGAAAUGCGACGGCGUAGAUGACUGUGGAGACGGCACAGAUGAGCUCAACUGUGGUAAAUGCCAAUUGGGACAAUUUACAUGUAAGAAUAACAAUUGUGUUUCGGAGAAGAAUCACUGCGACGGCAGGGACGACUGUGGCGAUGGGUCAGAUGAGCUCAACUGUGCAAGAACAGGCCCUGACACAGGCACUGACGUAGGCCCUGCUGUGACCUGCACGGACCUCACAUAUAAAUGUAGUAACAAUCUAUGCAUCGGGAAAGUGAACCCAGAAUGCGACGGGACAAAGGACUGCGCAGACGGAUCGGACGAGCAGAAUUGCGACUGCGGGAGCACUAUGUUUAAGACGUCUCGUAUUGUGGGCGGUCAGGACGCCGAUGCGGGGGAGUUUCCCUGGCAGGUCAGCCUCCAUGUCAAAGGUUCCAGCCACGUGUGCGGAGCGACCAUCAUCAGUCAACGCUGGCUGGUCACCGCCGCCCACUGUGUGCAAGAUGACGCCAAAACAAGGUACUCCCAGCCCGGCACUUGGGAAGUUUACCUGGGCCUUCACAACCAGCAGACGAUUGGAAAUGCGGUGGUGAAGAGGAACCUGAAGCAGAUCAUACCCCACCCCAACUACAACAAAUUCACCUUCGAUAAUGACAUCGCCCUGAUGGAGCUGGACAUCCCUGUCACUUACUCAGAUUACAUCAAGCCCAUCUGCUUGCCGGCUCCCCAACACGAUUUCCCCGUUGGUAGCACGGUUUGGAUCACCGGGUGGGGCGCCACUCGAGAAGGAGGAUUUGCUGCCAAAGUGCUCCAAAAGGCCCAGGUCCGGAUCAUCAACCAGACGGUGUGUAACAGUCUGAUGGGAGGGGAGAUCACGUCUCGGAUGUUGUGUGCCGGAGUGCUGAGCGGAGGCGUCGAUGCUUGUCAGGGGGACUCUGGCGGCCCUCUGUCCAGUCCGUCCGGCAGAGGUAUGUUCCUGGCAGGAGUGGUCAGUUGGGGGGAUGGCUGUGCCCGCAGGAACAAACCCGGAAUCUACACAGCAGUCACCAAGUUCCGUGGCUUUAUCAAAGAAAAGACCGGAGUGUAGAUAACUGCAAAGUGGCCAAACAAGGCAAUAUAUGGACAUGACAACAGACGGGUGACCACAGUCUGGAUUUUUGCUUCACCACUCUGACUUUCCAGCUGAUGCAGUGGCCUCGACUCCCAGUCUCAGCUGCAGUGGCAAAGGCACUGUUUGCUUGAAGAGCAUUCGCAACACAUUUUGUGUCCACUGUGAUUUUAUGAGGGUGGGGGUUGAUGAAAUGUUUUUAAAUGUAAAUAAAUGUUUUAAUUUUGUUUUUGUGUUGUUGCUGUUGUUUUAACGUGUUUGGACAGAGAACAAUGUUAUGUGCUGCACAAGUAAUAGACUUUAGGUGUGAUUGUUACACAUGUUCACCAAUGAAAUGUGCAUCAUUGUACUCUGUUGGCCUAUGUUUUAUUAGUGGAUAAAGUACAGUAUGUAAUUAGAAUUUCCCUCCACUUCUCCUUGUUGUCUUUGUUCUGAAUUGUGUACAUUAAAAACAAUGACAGCAAGCUCAUUCCAUCUUACCUCCUAUGGCUUGGUAUCUUAUACAUUUAUCAGUAAUUUUUAGUCUGGCAGAAAUCCCUAAAAAGUUAGUGAUGUGACUGAUGUGCAUUACCUUUUUCAUCAUGGAUGGCAUUUCAUUUCAACA